ACAAUCCAUAUACAUGCCAUCCCAUCCCUCUCCUUCAAUAUACUAUACCCCAUAUUUUACCCCCUUCCCCUACCCCACUCCCUUGAUUGUUUCAAGAAAAAGAGAGAGAAAAAGGCGAACUGUUGGAUUCCCGUCCUUCUCCAAACUACAUACCCAUCUACACGUGUUUUUCCAUCUGUUCGCGACGACGGGAUUGUGAUAUCGCCUGUAUCCGUUUCCCCAACGCGCAUUUUCCAAGAUUGCGCUGGUGCGGCGGACUGCUUGCAAACAAACAAGUACAUCCCGUUGGCGGACAGGACACCACCACCAUAUCCUCGCUCUUUUCGUCUUAUAAUUCGCUUCGUCGCAAAACCAUGGGCAACCCUUUAACAAACCUCAUAUCCACAGUCACGCUUCCCUUCCGCGCCCAAAUUCGUCGCGCGUCCAGUAUCGUUGCGCCCAAACAUCAAGGCGACCAUCCCAACGGCAUCUCCAACGGAAACGGUUAUACCCACAUUAACGGUACCAACCCAAGCACCAACGGACACCUCAACGGUCACAUUAACGGGCAUACCAACGGAUACACCACCAUGGACUCGGAACGCCGCCCGCUCCUCGGCAACGGAACCAGCAACGGCGGCCGCUGGACCACCGAGUCCCACUCGGACUUUUCAUGGCGCGACUUUUUCCUUGAUACCACCAAUACCCCUGGCACCAACCAUCCCAAUCCCCUCGUCAAGUACCCUACCCGAGUAUGGAAUGUCACCAAGGUCACUCUUCUGAGCUCAUGGAUCAACAUCCUUCUUAUCUUUGUGCCCCUAGGCAUCAUCGCCGGUGAGCGAGGCUGGAGUGCGCCGGCAGUGUUCACUCUCAACUUCUUCGCCAUCAUCCCUCUGGCUGCGGUCCUCUCCUUUGCAACCGAGGAGAUCGCCCAUAGACUGGGAGAAACCCUCGGCGGUCUGGUUAACGCGACAUUUGGUAAUGCUGUGGAACUAAUUGUCAGUAUCGUUGCCCUCCGCGCCGGCGAAAUCGAAGUGGUCCAAGCCUCGAUGCUGGGCUCCAUUCUCUCCAACCUGUUGUUGGUGCUGGGAAUGUGCUUCCUCCUCGGCGGCAUCUUCAACAUGCGCGACUCCAACGGCGUCGGCAUCGAGCAGACCUUUGCCUCCGGGACCGCCCAAACCACGUGCUCCAUGAUGACGCUUGCCUCGGCCUCCCUGAUCAUCCCCGCGGCGCUGUACACCAUGCUCAACCACUCGGACAGCCAAGAGAAGCAAGACAGCAUCUUGAUGCUCUCGCGCGGUACCGCCGUCAUUCUCCUGCUCCUCUACUGCGCCUACCUCGUCUUUGUUCUGCGCACCCACAAGGAGUUGUUUGAGCCCGAGGCCCAAGCCGUCGGCGAUGUGGUUACCGAGCCCAAGGAGGACCCCGUCUUGUCGCCCUGGUCUGCCGCCUUGGUCCUGAUUGUCACGACGGUCAUUAUUUCGUACGCGGCUGAUUACAUGGUCGACUCGAUCGACGACAUUGCUGCCACGGGCGCCAUGAGCAAGACGUUCAUCGGUCUGAUUUUGAUUCCCAUUGUCGGCAACGCGGCCGAGCAUGUGACAGCUUGUGUGGUGGCAGUCAAGAAUAAGAUGGAUUUGGCCAUGGGCGUGGCGAUUGGCAGCAGCAUUCAGAUUGCGCUGUUGGUCACCCCGUCUUUGGUGUUGCUGGGUUGGGCGAUUGGACAGCCCAUGUCGCUGCAUUUUGAGACGUUUGAGACGAUUGCCUUUGCCUUGUCGGUCAUGGUGGUUACGUAUACGGUGCAGGAUGGCAAGAGUAAUUAUUUGGAGGGUGCUAUGCUUAUGGGACUUUACGUCAUCAUUGCCCUUGCGUUCUGGGCGAGCCCGGCUGAUGCUCUUCAGAAACUUUCCACCAUUUUCUAAAUGCAAAGUUACAGGUGUUCCCUAUGGGAGACCUUGACGGCAUUUUUUUCUUCUUGGUUGUUUUACUACCUACUACAUCCAAUUCUUUGUGUAUUUUUACACGAACAUUAUUUUCCUUGUCACGAAUACGUUUUUCACAUUGGGAGGUUCUCUGGUAGGGAGCUCCCAAGAGCGAGCAUAGUUGUUGGGAAAAGGGAGAAGGAAGGAUACCCAAGUGUUGUUGGAAAACUGAAAUGGAAAAGCGGCUAGAAAUCGGUCACUGUUAGGCCUUUCACAUGGAAGAGAAGAGGGCUGGCGCAGAGCAGAAGCAGCUUGGGAUUUGAAAAGCUGUUUGCAUACAUACAAUUCAAUCAAGAUUAUUAUACGUUGUACUCUUGCUAUACUGCAUCCUUUUAAAUAGUCCCGGUACAUAGGUAAAG